AUGUCCUCAUCAUUCAAGCGCUCAAUUCUUAUUACUGGGGAUGCGCGUCUUUGCAACUGCUCGGUCAACCAGUCGCUUUCCCAGCUAGAAGCAAAAGGUAUCGAGGUACUUCCGCUAGAUGUGACGAGUGCGGAGAGCAUUGCUACGCUGCAGGCCGAGAUUUCCAAGCGGUCCGGAGGGAAACUGGACAUGCUGCUUAACAAUGCUGGCAUGAUGUACGAAGCCCCAGCGAUCGAAGCCGAUCGCGAGAACGUUCGUAGAAUGUUCAACGCCAACGUUUUCGGGUUGUUCGACAUGGUAACGGCCUUUGUCCCUCUUCUUCUAGCCUCUGUGCCGGAUUCACAAGCCCCGCCUACCAUAAUCAACACGUCUUCGAUCCUUAGCCGUCUGCCAUUUCCCUUCGCUGCCGGUUACAAUGCCUCCAAAGCAGCUGUUGCUUCCUACUCUGACACUAUCCGGGUUGAGUUGGCCCCUCUUGGAAUCAAAGUUGUGACAUUAUUUAUGGGUGAAGUUUCGACUGGCCUAAUGUCGGCCGACAAUAUCUCAUUCGGCCACGACAGCCUCUAUAGUGAUGUUGAAGGCAGCGUUCAAGAGAGAAGUAAACACCAUGGACAAACUAGUAUGAGAGCGGAGGAAUUUGCACGCCAAGUUGUCCAUGAAGUCAUUUCAAAGCCCGCAGCAGGCAAGGGUGAAUUCUUGUGGAAGGGCACAAAUGCCUCGUUGGUUUGGUUUCUUAAUGCAGUGGGGUGGAGGACGGUCUUUGAUGGAACAAUGAUGUCUGGGGUAGGACUGGACAAAAAGGAGAUCAAGAAGUCUAUUUUUGAUAAGGGUCAGCAUUGGGAAAAGCGAGAUUGA